AUGGUCAAGGCAAUCCUCGUCUCUGCCGCGCUCGCCGCCGCUUCCAUCGCCUCGGUCGCUCAGGCCGCCUCCCUCAAGCAGGACCCCCUCUUCGGCUGUGACUUCGCUGGUGCUACCAGCGGACCUCUCGGUCUCGGUGCCCCUGCUGAAGACGGAACCAUCUCUUCGGACACCAUCCCCGCCGGCUUCGUCGCUGGCCGCACUGGCAAGUCCAGGAUCACUGGCACUUCCAAGAACUCUGCCCUCUCCACCACCCGCCCCAACGGUGACGCUGUCAGCUCUCAGGACUUCGAGUUCGUCAACUGCACCCAGAGCCUGAUGGACCGCGGCUACGAGCUCAACGUGCCCCAGAGCUUUGCCGCUCUUUCCACCGAUGAGGUCACCUACACCUACUCGUGGGGUAUUCUGCGAAGCGCCGACUCUGAGAAGUACUCUCUCUCCCCCAAGGUUGCCCAGGACAGCAAGGGCAGGCUCGACGGUGUCCCUCUCCUCCACACCAAGGUCGCCAGCACCAAGCCCGAGUACCGUACCUUCAUCAUGGCACAGCCAGCCUCUGACGACCCAGAUGCCACCCCCAUCGGUUUCCUGGAGUACUACCCCUUCGCCGGCACCGCCGACGCCCCCAAGGCCGGUCAGUUCUUCGCUGCCGACGACAAGUGGGGAUCCGUCAGCGUCUCCACCAACUUCACCAAGUACGAGGGCACCACUUUCCUCACUCUCGGUGUCAUCCCUGCCCCUGAGGAGGAGACCCCUGCGUCUACUUAA